AUGGCCGAUCGCAGCGUAGACAGGCCACAAGCUGGGCAAAAGACCGCUCUUGUGACAGGCGCCGGGAUUGGAGGCAUUGGUGGCUCACUCUCGGUCGAACUUCAUAAAGCAGGCUAUUUUGUUUUCUGCGCCGUUCGUCGACCAUCUACCAUCAGCGAACAUCUGAAACCGGGUAUGAUAGCUAUCGAACUGGAUGUGACAUCAACCGACUCUAUAACAGCAGCGGUGAAGGAGAUCUCGUCCAUCACAGACGACAGGCUUGAUAUUCUGAUUAAUAACGCUGGCUGCGGAACCCAUCGACCGGCUUUAGAUCUGGAUGUCAAUGGCGCGGUGGUAUCCAUGUUCGAUGUCAACGUGUUCGGGGUAAUGAGGAUGGUCCAGGCAUGCUCCAACCUUUUAAUCAACACCAAAGGAUGUAUUGUCAAUAUCGGUAGUAUUGCUCCAAUUGUACCUGUGGCAUAUUCUUCAGCGUACAAUGCCAGCAAAGCUGCACUUCACGCCUACGGUGACUCUCUCCACAUGGAGCUCAAACCUCUAGGGGUGGAUGUUGUGACUAUUAUUACCGGCGGUGUUAAAAGUAACAUGGUCCGCGAGAAUAAUCCAUCUCUCCCCGAGAACUCGAGAUAUAUACACGUGGAAAAGUUUUGGCUCCAGAGAGUAAAUUUAUCGCAGAAUGGAGCCAUGGAGAGGGACAAGUAUGCUCGCAAAGUGGUGAACAUGAUUCACAAGAAGAAGAAGCCCAUUUGGCUCUGGAGCGGAGGCUCUGCUUCACUGGCUUGGUUCCUGUAUUACUUUGUCCCACGAAGU